UUCCGCAUUUCGCCAAUCUCACUCUCCUUUUAAAGUAUGGCGGAAGGCAGGCAGGGAAGUGGAGAUAUUAUCCUUUCCGUUGGCAAAAUCCGAAAACUUGCCCACGGAAACGUUUUCAUGACAAAUGGGAGUGGAUGUAUCGUAACAUAUCCUCAAAUCCUAAGGGAAAUUUCGUCCGACCAAAGUCAGACGGCAAUAUCGGACGAACAUGGCGACUACCAAACAUUCGUUGCUACUACCAGUCAAGUUGUUUCUAAAGCUGAUCUAACUUGUGACGUACCUUGGACUGCGGAGUUCUUGCCAAAGAAUCGCCUAAACCUCGGCAAUGAAAAAUUCAGCCUUGAAUGCAGUUCAUUUUUUGAAAUGCCUAUUCCCGGUCAAAAGUUGAGUCUCAUCCUCUUUCCGAUCGAAAAGUUGCAUAAGCAAAAGAAGUUGUCACAAUUUCAGAGCAAUGACUUGCAACCUAAUCGUGCUCAAUUGUGUUAUCAGGAGGAAAGUAAAGUGGUAGUGAAAGUGUCAGCUAACACCAAGCACGAGUUACUUUGUCAUGUCCUUGUAGAAGAUCCCCCGACAAAGAAGUUUAAUCUUAAUAGUUACGUCCUUUCUUUGGAUGAUUUUGGUUUAUUCUUCCUUCACCCCUAUGGCAACAAGGCCAAAAUAAAAACUUUGGAAGACUUUCAGAUGACAGAAAAACCAAUGGGUUCGGUAAUAAUAAAAGAAGACGGACGCGUCGUUGGAUUUUUAGCUUUCGGUGACAGAGAUCAGAUCCUUCCACUCUUUUUCCCUCGAUAUCUUCAAGAUUACAGUGCACUAUACCAAGCCGGAUUGACCGAAGAAAGUCGUCCAAAGGAGAAGAAUACUAUUCGCGAAGGAGAUCAUAAUCGAAACAAGAAUGGUGGGAAUCUCAUGCUUCCAUUUGACCAGAGCAUAAGGGAUAAAAACCCAGAUUUGUAUUUAGAAGAAAACGGACAAAUUCGUGGCAAUGAACGUGAACCACUGGAGAUGUCUUAUCCUUCACACACCAGUGGUUCUUUAAACCGCAUGCGCCAGAGAUCUCACAGUGAGCAACCAGAGAUGACACCACGGACACAAACUAAGUUAUACCAGAGCCAAAGCUUGACGGAAGUAAUUCCUCUUAAAGAAGAUACAAAGGUUUCAAUGCUGGACAGUAAAAUCUCCUUGAAAGGAACAAUCUGCCAAUCUUUGGACACAUCUAUCAAAGGUGUUAAGAACUGGAAGUACUUGGCCGAGCUUAAUAAGGUUCCCACAGACUUGUCACCAGAAUACCGUUCUAAGUCAGAAGUGAUGUUUGAAGUUGUAGCAUCACAAAGUCCUCACCUCUCAAUUAAAGAAGUGAAAAGCUACCUAAGUGACCUCAAAAUAAUGGAAGUAUGGAAAUACUUAGAAAACCUUGGUGAUAACAUAAAGAUUGGAGAAUUUUUAGAAACACAGCCUCCAAUCAUCCUAAGCAAAGUUUUUCUCAAGCUUGACCAUCUACCAACUGAGCAAUGGCACACUCUGGGACUCAUCUUGGGUGUGGGACGCGACAACCUACUUCACAUAGUGACAAGUUGUGCAAAUCAAAAUCAGAACCCAGCCCAAGAUUUGAUAGAAAUUAUUUUUCGAUCAAACCCAACAAUGCUGAUGGGCACAUUCAAGAAACAUUUGUCAGAUAUAGAAAGAGAAGAUGUGAAUACCAAACUGGAAGACAUGAGUGAUUCGUUGACAAUUAAAGAUUUGUGCGAGGAUUUGGAUAAGAUGCAAGUAGUAACCAGUAUGUUGAAUGAUACUACCAAUAAAGUCCGUAAAAACUACAAGAAUCUGGCCAAUGUCUGCGGUGUGCCCAGCGAAUUAUCCCAGAGCCUUCAGCCGCCUUGUGGCGAAAGUCCCACUGCAAUGGUGCUGGAAGAGAUUGUCAGACAAAGACCAAAUUUUACUCUGUAUCAGCUCUUCAUAAAUUUUCGCGACAUGAAACGCGUAGAUGUCAUUGAGGGAAUUUCCUUCUAUUUUGUGGAGGAAGACUUUCGCAAUAUGAAGAGAGAACUGAAGAUUGGCGAUGAGUAAAUUGCCAUCCAUGCAGGAAUCCCCAACAUGGAAGACAGCCCUACUCGAUUUCUUUCACAAGAGCAACUGAAUAUCGAAGAGAGACCAUACGAAUUUUAAAAUCAGGUGAUUUCUUUCCCGGCCCCAUCUAAAGCACCUGUACUAAAAUGUAUGAAGUAAAAAGAACUUAGCGUUUGGUUGAAGGAUUUUUGAGCACUCGACGGAGCCAAAAAAGACGAGUGGUAAACUCAGCUUUGCCGCUUCCGUUUCACGACUCCAGCAGCUCAAAAUUUAAGAAAAAGCCCGCUAUGCAGGCUGAAAUAUUUGAAUAUGUGUACUAAUUCAGAGAUUAUUUCAUUUUUCUUGCUUUAAAAAGUUGUUUCCUGAAUACCGUUUAGCCAUGCCUCUUGGAUGAUAAUAGAAGCAGUGAUUUUGUGGUCAAUUUUGGCCUCAGUGGCAGGUUUUAGAUAGGCCUCCUAAAUAAUUUUUCAGAGCGUUUACUUUAUAAUCGAUUUGAGAAAAUAUUUUUUGGAUCCGGAUGGGUUUCGACAAUUCUACUGAAACAGUUAAACCCACGCAGCUAGUAUGAAUAAUCAUCUCAGUGAGACGAACAAAAUUCGUGCCUGGCUCAGGUUUAAGAUAAUGGGGUGUGUUAGAAGAUAUUUUUCUAACACUCCUAGUACAGUUGAUACUUCUUCAUUCGUUUUCUGCUAACUCUACACAGCUUAAUACGCUACCUAAGGGUCUAACUCAGCUCUGAGUGAGAAUAUUGGUCACCGGCUUAUAAAGGUGACACUGACUAAGCUGUCAAUCUUCGUGCAUCGUCAUUAUUUCUCUCUUAGCUAGCGAAUCACGUUAGGUUACGGAAACGGUUCCUGCAUACUAAGUAUGUACCUUCGAGAUGUUUACGCUCACAAAUCAUUUCCUAUCUUAAAUUUCGUACAUUUCCAGUUUAUUUCUGCUAAAACGAAGACAAGAUUGGCAAUAUAAAAAUUAUAGACUACUUAUUGACAGAAUUAGAAUCAUACUUAGAAAGAUAUCUUAAGAGAAAAUAGCCUUUGACGACUGUUACAUAACAACAGAAUAAACAGAAAAUUCGGAGGGAGGGGCCUACCCUAGGAAGCGCCUCUAAAAGAGCUAAGCCCUGUUCUUCCUAGACGCCAAUUUUGUCUUUCAACAUGUGCCUCUUCCAAAGUUAAAAGCAAAACUACACCAGGCGAUGUAUACCAGUGGCUAAAUUGUUAUAUUCACAGUAUUCACUACAGGAAAAUCUGACGAAUAAAAUGUUAUUCAGUUUCA